AUGGUGAGCAAAGAGGGGGGCAGAUGCAUGCUCACCAACUCAGAGUCGGACUCGGAGGCGGCCCCGGUGCCCUCCACGUCUCUGGCUCUGGAGAAGUUUUCCCUGGAGGCCAGUCGACAGGUGCGCAAGAGGAACAAGGCUCUCCAGGUCCGAUUCAAGGACAUCUGUGAAGCCCAGAACGAGCAGAGGGAGGCGGAGCUACAGGCGGCGAGGAAGGCGGGAAAACCCAUCUCCUACAAAGUGGCCUACAGGAAGUACAUGACGGUCCCAGCUCGGAGGUCCAUCCCCAACGUGACGAAGAGUACGGGGGUGCAGACGUCUCCGGACCUGAAGAAGAGAUACCAGACUUUUCCCUUUGAGAGGAAGAAGGGACAUACUUUUAAACACGUGGCUGCCGUGGAAACGUACAGAGGACAGAAUAAUGGGGUGAUGGUGGACGGGAAGCACUCUCAGACGGAUUUGGACGACGACGAGGAGGAGGGGGGAGCGUGCGGGGGGAGCGGGCUUCGUAGGACCCGGGCUCUUCUUCAUAACGAGUGUGUGGCUACAGUGGAACAGCACAGAGCUCCGGACGGUCUGUGCUCGGAGCUGCUCCUCAGCUGCUCUGCCGACGCCGACUGUCUCCCGGACGCUCAGGACUACCAGCUCUGCAGCGCCCCCGUGAGGACAGGAGUACAACAACCACAACAGGCGGACAAGAGGCAGCUGCUGCACCUGGAGGAGGGAGCGUCACACACCCUGCCGGACAGGGGCUCCAGAGUGACAGGGCCCAUCGCCUGGAACUCCCUGACGCAGGUGGAGUGUUUGGACAGUCCCUCGGUGCGGAGGAAGAAGAAGACGUUACAGCUGAACGGGCUACAGGCGGAGACUCUACCGCGGGCAGGAGGGUGCAUGACCCAGGCCCAGUGCCACCCGGGGCGGCUCUCGGCUCCUCCUCUGUCCUCUCCACCGCCAGACUCCACGCAGAACACCUGUAAGCAAAUAGUGCCUCUGAACCAGGACGGGGACGUCAAAGCACAGCUCCAGGCCAUGGAGAACCUCAUCAGCUCCAGCCAGGAGACCAUCAAAGUGCUGCUGGGGGUGAUCCAAGAGCUGGAGAAGGGGGAGGCUCACCGCGAGGGACUCUCGUAUCGGACGGGGCAGGACACGGCCAACUGUGACACGUGCAGGAACAGCGCAUGCAUUAUUUACAGUGUGGAGCUGGACUUCAAGCUUCAGGAGGACAAACUGCAGCCGUUGAUGAAGCGCCUGUGUCCCACCGAAGAAUCGCACCUCCCCGCUCUGCCUUACCCCCAGGAGGCGCUCUACUCCUCGACCCCGAAACGCAAGUCCAAAGCGGAGGCCAAGAAGCACGCGCGCUGGAGACUCUGGUUCCUCUGA